AUGCCGGAAAUCUGGUGGGAGGACCAAUAUCGCAACACGAACGGGUAUUUUGGUUCGGACACCACUUUCGAUAGCACAGGAUCCUGCAACGGCAUCAAUACAUGGUCUCGCUUCCUCGUCAAAAAGAUAGGAGAACCCGCACCUGGCACUGAUCUCAAUUACAAAUGGCUCAAAUUCAAUCUGUUCACGAGGUGGCUGCCGUCGACGAACCAAAUGGUCUUCCUGGUGUUUGACCCCCUGCCCGACGUCAAGGGCAGGAUCUAUGCUCGCCUCAAAAAAGCUAUCCCAGAUUCCCAGCAACAGCAGCGCGACCACUUCUGGGUCCACAGCCAAAUCCUCCACGACUUCGUCGACCUCCAGCACCGGUCCGUCUGGGGCAUACGAAACCACGUGCGCACCAUGGAAAAGGCCCAGAACGAGAACGACAUGACACCCAACUUUCGCCGCCUGCACGACCUCGCCCGGCACUCGAUCCACAUCUGCGAGACCCUGGAGCUGGCCUGCAUCAGCAUGGACGAGCUGUUAGAGUUUUUCUCGUCGUCGUCGUUGUUUCAGCACACUCACGCAGUAGGAGGAACCGAUGAGCAAAGAACAGCAGCCGUUAUCGCCGCCGCCGUCACCAGGACUGCAUCCCAAAACCAGCUGCAAUUCCAGCGACACGUCCUACGCAGCUUCCGGCUCCGCGCACAGGCUAACAAGGAGCGACUGCAAAACGAAAUCGGGCUUGCAUUCAACAACAUCGCGCAGCAAAAUGCCCUGCUCGCCGUCGAAAUCGGAAAAGCCACCCGAACUGACGGCCUAGCCGUUAAGACAAUUGCGUUUGUCACAUUUGCCUUUUUGCCCGCCACGCUCAUCUGCGCCAUCUUCAGCAUGCCCUUCUUCGAACUCGAGUCGGGCACGGGUGAGCUCUUGGUCUCGGACAAGUUCUGGAUGUACUGGGCCGUAACCAUCCCCGUCACCUUGCUGGCGCCGCUGCUGUGGGGAUUGUACAGCCGACUUUCGCUGCCGCAGGAUGCUGAGGCUACAGGAAAGGGAGAAUAUGGACUGGCGUCGGCGGCCGUAGUUGCCACAAAUAUGUUGCGCAGUUUCCCCAACAUUCGGAUAGGGCUGAUGGUCGGUAUCGCCGGCGGUGCCCCGAGGAAUGGACAUGAUAUACGUCUCGGCGAUGUUGUGGUUAGCGCCCGUACCGGUGCAAAAAGCGCCGUAUUUCAGUACGACUACGGCAAAGCGAUCCAGAACGAGCCUUUCACUUAUACCCAGCUAUUAAACCAGCCACCAGCAAUCCUGCGUGCGGCAGUCACUAGUUUGUCAGCGCAACACCAGCAGGAGGGGCAUGAUUUCGAAUCCCAGAUUGCUCGACUUUUGCAAAAGCCGCGACUUAAAAAGUACCGUCGUCCGCCAUCCACAAGCGACAAGUUGUGUAAGUCCGAUGUGGUACAUUCGGACAGCUGCAGCGAAGCAUGUGGCGGGAAUCCGAAUCACCUCGCCGCUAGGGAGCCUCGAGGUGAGGACAAAGACGACCCCACUGUUCACUAUGGCAUAAUUGCAAGCGCGAACCAGUUGAUGAAAGAUGCCAACACGAGGGACAAGCUGGCGGCGGAGCACGACGUUCUUUGUUUCGAAAUGGAGGCGGCCGGCCUGAUGAACAACUUCCCUUGUCUUGUCAUCCGCGGGAUUUGUGAUUAUUCCGACUCUCACAAAAACAAGGAGUGGCAAGGCUUUGCCGCCAUGAUGGCUGCAGCUUACGCAAAGGCUCUUCUGGGUGUCAUCGUGCCCGACAGGAUUGCGGCAGAGCAAACAAUUAAAGAGACUAUUUUUUCGAUGGAGAAAACGGUAAACAUAGUCGAGAAAAAGGUGAACUCGCUUCAGUCCAACGCACAUAUUGCAGAGCUAAAGCAGUGGCUCUCUCCUGCCGACGCGUCCACAAAUGCCAAUCGCGCAAAAGAACUCCAUCAUCCGGGUACAGGAACUUGGCUUCUGGAAAACCAGAAAUUCAAAGAGUGGCAAGAUGGGUCGCGUCGUCAGCUGUGGCUUCGAGCUCUUGCGGGAUGCGGCAAAACCGUGCUUUGUGCGGCAGUCCUGGAACAUCUCGCCAAAUUGGACGACUGUGUCGUGCUUAGCUUUUUCUUCGACUUUGGCGACACCACAAAGCAGACUUUCGACGGUAUGAUGCGGGCAUUGAUAUUCCAACUAUACCAAGAUCAGCCGGAACCCAAGUCUAGGGGCUAUCUCGACAGUUUGUUCCAAACGCAUAGCGACGGCCAAAAGGAGCCCACGGCAAAAGCCCUCUGGGAUUGCCUGCAAAAUAUGCUCGCAAUCCAAAAAAGGGUCUACGUUGUGUUAGACGCUUUGGACGAGUCUAAGACGAGGGACAGGCUCACAAAGUGGAUAAAGGAUGUUGUAAGCGGGCCGACGUUACAACGAUUACACCUAAUAUUCACCAGCCGGCCAGAACCAGAUUUUGACUGCAUUCCAUCUUUGAUCGGCAGAGAUAACUGCCUGGAACUAGACAAAAAGGCAGCAAACGCCGACAUCCAUGCCUAUGUCCUAUCACGGCUUCACAAUGAUGACGGUUUUGUAAACAAAAGCCUGCCUGUAGAACUCAUCCAGGACAUUGGCAAUCGCAUCGGAAACGGAGCAGAUGGCAUAUGGGCAUUUUGUCAAAUGCAAACUUUGGCGGAAUGUGCGAGUGUGUUUGACAUCAAAUCCGCACUUGGAAAUUUACCACGAGAUCUCGAGGAAACAUACACACGUAUGAUGGAGAACAUUCCAGAACCAUUCAAAAAAGCCGCUAUCCGGCUUCUUACCUUUCUCGUUCAUUGCGAACGACCGCUCGAGCUAUCAGAGGGGAAGGACGUCAUAGCCACCAUUGAGACGGAACCUGAAGGCUUCGACUGCCACCGGAGACCAUUCGACGAGGCCGUCUUCCGCCAUUGCCCCGGCAUGAUUACAAGUAUUGUGGCGGUGACACAUUUGCUGGAGAAUGGAGCCAACGUUAAUGAACGGGGCGGUCUUUUUGGCAACGCCCUUCAAGCCGCCUCAUACAAAGGCCAUGCGAACAUCGUCAAACUGUUGCUGAAGAAUGGAGCCAACGUUAAUAAAAAGGGCGGUUAUUUUGGCAACGCCCUUCAAGCCGCCUCAAACAAAGGCCAAGUGGAAAUUGUUAACAUACUGAUCGAAAAUGGGGCCGACCUUGACGCACCGGGCGGCGCCUACAUCAAUGCCCUUCAAGCAGCCUCCCAUAAAGGCUAUACGAACAUUGUCAAACUGUUGCUGAAGAAUGGAGCCAACGUUAAUAAAAAGGGCGGUCAUUUGGGUAACGCCCUUCAAGCCGCCUUACACGAAGGCCAUUUGAACAUCGCCAAACUAUUACUGGACAAGGGGGCCGAUAUUAACACCGGGGGCAGAGAUGCCCUUGAAGCCGCUUCUCUUCGAAACAAUACGGGAAUCGUCAAACUGUUGAUCGAAAAGGGACUCGACGUCAAAGCACAGGGCGGCGCAGCCCUUCAAAUCGCCUUUUACGAAGGCCACGUAAAUAUCGUCAAAUUGCUGUUGGACAAUGGGGCCUACAUUGACGCACGGAGCGGCACGUACAGCAGCUCCCUUCGAGCUGACUCUUAUAGACGCCGCGUAUCUAUGGUCGAACGGUUAUCGGGAAAGCAUAGAAAUUUCUACAUACAGGGUGGCGAAGCCUCUGAAGCCGCUUUUUGCAGUGAUUAUACGGAAAUCUUCAAACUGUGGAUCGAGGAGGGGGUCGACGUUAAGGUACAGGAUGGCGAAGCCUCUGAAGCCGCUUUUUGCAGUGGUUAUACGGAAAUCGUCAAACUGUUGAUCGAGAAGGGGGUCGACAUUAAGGUACAGGGUGGCGCAGCCCUUCAACCGGGCUUUUACACACGGUACGAAGAUGUCCUCAAACUGCUGUUGGACAAUGGGCCCUAA